AUGCGUCCUCCUCCUCCCAUUUGGAAAGCAAAACAGUUUGUCUAUUCUAUUCCCAUAAAAAUCGAAGCUGAGCAAGCCAUGAAGGUGUUGGCAAUCGCAGUGCUAUUGGCCUGCUGGGCAUCCGCGGUGGAACCACAAAAACCCUCCAUUUAUACGUUGAGAUUCACCGCCACGGACGCCACCAAAGGAAGGUACGAUGCGUUUAUGAUUGAUCUGAGAAGAGUACUGACACUCAAUGAGAAUGCGGUGCAAGGGAUACCCGUGUUGCCUUCCACCAACGAUCUGAAACCUACUGAUCUCAACCGGUACGUUGUGGUCGAACUCUUCACUAACAACAAAAAGGUGUCGUUAGUUAUUGAUGUCACCAAUGUGUACAUCUUGGGUUACCGACCGGGAGACGGAACAGCGUCCUACUUCUUUAACAGUGUUCCCGUGGCCGUACAAAAUCUCUAUGAUGCCCUCGAGGGUAAAGCUGGAGAAGACAGAGAUAAAAUCCCACUGGGAUUUGCCGAGCUACACCAAAAGAUUGAGAACUUGAACCAUUACAAGCCAAAAGACGACAUUAAAAAGGUUGCGUCAAGCCUUCUAGUUUGUUUCCAGAUGAUUUCUGAGGCGGCCCGGUAUAAAUACAUCCAGCAGCAAAUAGCUGCACUGGCACCGGUUGUUCCCGGUGGGGCUGGUAAAAGUUUAAAACCAGAUGCUUUAAUGAAGGGGUAUCAAAACAACUGGGGACAGCUCUCCACCGCCGUCCAAUCUGCAAAGCCGGAUGCAAGUUUUGUGAAAAGUGUCACCGUUGCUCACCUUACUUACAGUAAUGUGGCUGCUGUGCGUCCCGUUAUUGCGGUACUGCUAAAAGAUUCUCCGACCGCAUAUCAUGCUGCCGCCCUUCUUGAUCGGUUUAUCGACCAAGCACUUACUCAGAUUUAG